AUGUCCACCGGGAUUCAGCAAGCCACACAUCAAAGCAUUAAGCCUUUCAAGUCCAGCGAAGAGUACCUCUAUGCUAUGAAGGAGGAUUUGGCAGAAUGGCUGAAAGACUUGUAUGACAUUGAAAUCGACGUGAGCAAUAUUUUGGAAAUACUAGAGACUGGCUCUGUCCUCUGUUUCCACGCCAAUAAUGUCACAAGAGUCGCGGAAGAGUUCAUUCAGAAUUUCGGAAUUGUGCGGCAGAUCCAGUUGCCAAAAAACGGUGUCACUUUUGUAAAUUCAGCCCAGCGGGCCACCUUUCUAGCCCGGGACAACAUCUCAAAUUUCAUAAACUGGUGCCGACAGCAGAUGGAUAUUAAAGAUGUGCUCAUGUUUGAAACGGACGACCUGGUGCUAAGAAAGAACGAGAAAAAUGUCGUGCUGUGUCUUCUGGAGGUGGCCCGGCGAGCCUCUCGUUUCGGCAUGGCUGCCCCAGUGCUGAUCCAGCUGGAGCAGGAGAUAGAGGAUGAAAUCCAAGAGGACCUGGAGCCGGAGGUUAAACCCCAGCGCCGUGCCUCCAACACCCAGAACCUGGAUGAGAUGGUCCAGCACUUGAUAAGCCGAUGCACCUGUCCCACUCAGUUUCCCAUGAUCAAAGUGUCAGAGGGCAAAUAUAGAGUCGGUGACUCCAGUACUCUUAUAUUUGUGCGGAUCCUGCGUAAUCAUGUGAUGGUGAGAGUGGGAGGUGGUUGGGACACCCUGGAGCAUUAUCUAGACAAGCAUGACCCCUGCCGCUGCACCUCUCUCUCCCACAAGCUGGCCCAGCGCCCGGCAACUCCGGUCCACGAGAUCAAAGGCAGGUUGACACCACGCCCAGACGGCACUGGGGGGACCCAGCAGCCUUCCACUCUGCUCCUGAGCCGACAUGCUCAGAUCCCGCUCCAGCCUGUCCUCUGGACCCCCUCGGCACCCUCCUCCAUCCAAAAGGGUCCGAGGCCCGCCAGCCUGUCGCCAGACUUCCGCUCUCGAAGCCCACAUCCGAGGUCUCGCACCCCAGACCCGAGGUCUAGGACCCCGGACCCUGUCGUCCGAGCCUCCCGCUCCCGUCUCCCCGGGUCCACCCUCUCUCCAGACCCGGGCCCCAGGGACACCAGGAAAACUCCAGGCACAGGGCUCAGAACCUCCAGAGAACUAGAGGCUCCUUCUCCGAGCAGACUGAGACAAAGUGCCUCACUUCAGCACCUCCAAGCAGAAAAAUAUGACUCGGCAUUCGACUCCUCCACCAGGACAAGCCGGGAAGCCAACCGUUCCUCCCCAGCCCCGCGCCUGACCAGCAGCCUUCCUCGCCCCAACAGGGAUUACUCGUUCGGGGAGGCCCCAGUUAGGUCCUUUAGUCCCAUUGGUGGAACACCUAGGGGGGUUCAAAACAAGACAGCUACCCCUGAAAUGAACUCAACCAUUACUUCUUACAACUCUUCAAACGGUGAUACGAAUCCUAGGAAAAGACAGCCCCUGUCCAGACAAAAUGCAUCUGGCUACCCUGUUACCGAGAAGACCUCUUCUAUUUACUGUGAACUUAAAGGGAGUCUAGAUGAGCUUGACUCACAUAAGGUCUGUAGCCAAGGCUGUAGAGAGGGAGACACAGACAAACGCCACUUCUUCAUUCCUCCUCCCCCCAUCAGCCCAGCUGAGGAAGCCAGUCUGUACCAGAGUCUGGAAGACGAGAUCCUGGCCAACCUCCGGCAGCUCAGCGUCGACUCGGACGACGACAGCCGCAGCAGUGCCCAGGAGGACCGCAACCACGACGACUCACAUCAGACUGCCCCAGAAAGCCGGAAACGAGAUCCCACCACAGAUGCUGCAAGUCUCGACCGUCCAAGUGAGGUUAGCUAUGACGCAGUCGUUGCUGAACUCUCCCAAGGACAGGAGCGGCCAGUGAAGACGCGCGUGGAGAGCUGGGCGGACACAGUCGGUUCUAGAGGCAGCAAACUUGCGUCCAAUAGUGCAGAGGUGGACACAGGUCCAACCCUCAAAGUGACCAGUUCCUGGUCCUCAUUUGGAUCAAGUGUUGAGUCUAAAGAGCCACACAUUGAAUUUAAAAGCUCCCCUCACACGAGCAACAGAGUUAGCGUUAGCCGUUGCGGCACAACCACCAAAUCAGCCUCAGUUAAUCCUCGACCCGACUCAAAAGAGUCAGAGAACCUGAAAAAGCACCGACCUGGUUCUCUCAGACGAAGAAGGACCUUAAAGAAACCAGAGAGAGUGCCUUCCAUCUACAAACUGAAGCUCCGCCCAAGACUCCGACCCAGACACGACCACAGACCCGGGAAAAAGCCAUCCAGGAUCCCCACCCCUGUCUCCUACAGGGUCAGUCAAACCACGGAGGACCCUGGAGGAGCUACGAGAGACAUGCCAAACCCACAGAAAAAACCUCGUCCACUCAACUCAAACAUCCAGGCAAACCAGCAGAGUUCUUUGGAAAGCUAUGGGAGGCUUCAAAGCCACAGACAUCUUGAUGGCAACGAUGAUCCAAUUAGGCAAAAACAGAGGCAAACUCCCAGCCAGGAAACAGCAGAGGAUCCGGAACAUGAGUCUUGGGUUUAGCAGCUCACAAAAUGGGCAUCACUAGAAUGCCCUAACUGACUAAUCAUUUCGACAUCAGCCCAG